AUGAAGGGACUUGUUCAAAUCUGGUCCACCCUCCCCAAGCUGUCAAUUCUUCUUGUGUCAGCAUACUACCAGAGAUACAUUGACGGACUCUGCACACCAGUCAACAUAGUUCACUGUCUUGGCAUUGAUCACCUUAACUUCUCUGAAUCGGAGCUCUCUGAGUUUCUUCAGGAAAAGAGCUUGUCUCGAAAGAGAACGAAGCUCCCAUUCACUCCCGAGCUACAAUCACUCCUUUGGGAAAUGACUAGUGGGCAUGUUGGACUUGUCGUCAUGGCACUUAAAGGAUUGAACAACAGGUUCAAGGACAAGGCAAAGGAGCAGAUCAUCGAUCCUUCCGAGAUUCGUCUGUAUCUUCACUCCAAACAGUUCUAUGACUCUGCAAAGGGUAGCCGAGCCUACCAAAGACCAAAUCAAUUCUCCAAACAAGAGAACGAGGUGUUAUCGUCCAUGCUCCUUUCUCUCCAGCGUUCCCAGCUUUUCUCUGCGCCGUUUGGUGCUCCUAUUCAGAGUUUGGUCAAGAAAGGAGCCAUCGUACCUGAUAUCAUCAGUACUCCCAUGGAUGUGGACACACCAACUUCAUCGUCCUCGCUACAAGUGAGCCCCCAGGACCUCAUAACCGAGAAUGAUGAGGAUGACGAGGAUGAGGAUGAGGAUGAGGAUGAGGAUGAGGACGAUGAGGACGAUGAGGAUGAUUUCAUGCACGAUGAUGCACAAACUUCCACUUUCAAGUUUGUCUGCCCACUUCUUCGAACGCUCUACUACACAGAACUGUUUGGUUCAAAAGUCUCGGAAAGCUAUCAACCAACAGAUUUUGGAGACUUCAUCUACCAUUCAUUGGUGAGAAUGAGGUCCUCAAUCCUACUUGGGUCUCAACAAGCAUUGGAGCACAAAUCAGUCGAAACCAAGCGCGACUCUAAACCAAACGAACAAGUCUGGCAGAACGAGUUCUUCCAUGCCGCAACCAAAUUGGUUGGGACAAACAUCCACAUCAGUCCAAACGUUGGCCCAUGUUUCAAAUCAACCGGAUAUGUCGAUUUUUAUAUCAACGGAGGAAAGAAGUGGGCAAUCGAGCUGCUAAGAGAGGGCGAACCAGCAACAUUGGACGAACACAUUAACAGAUUCCUUCCAGGUGGAAAGUACUACAAUAUGGUCGACAAAGACAUCACUCAGUGGGCGGUCCUCAACUUCACCUCAAAGGACUCACCUAUCAGAGAUCAUUGUUGGCACAUCCAGUACAACCAGGACUUCACAUCCUUCAGUGUCAAGACACCAAUGACAGAGAUUCAACAGUUCAACAUUCCUCUCAAAAACUAG